GGGGGCGGAGCCGGUUCCCGCCCCAGAUGAGCGGUGCGGUAACGGUUGGCCCCGCCUAGCCGACCCGCGGCUUUCGCGUGGUCGCCAUGGCGCUGGUGGAGGUGGACAGAGGUUUCGUCCGCUCUCCGCGGGGCGCCGUGAAGAUCGCCCGCGUGCUUCUGGCGUUGAUGACACUGAUCUGCUUCGUGGCUUCCCACUCGCAUGUGGCGUACACGGCGCUGGCGGCCAUGGAGGUGUCGAUCACGGUGCUGCUGUUCCUGCUGUACCUGCUGCAGCUGGACAAGAGGCUGAGCUGGUUCUUCUGGCCCCUGGCUGAUAUUUUCAAUUCAGUGAUCGCGGCGCUGUUCCUCCUCAUUGUGUGCCUGUUUGCGGUAAUAAUCAAGACCAACAGUGGGACCCUGGCUGGAGGAGUGCUUGGUCUCAUACUGCUUGCUCUCUGUAUUGUUGAUGCAGUUCUUCUUUUCCAGAAGAUUAGCUUUGACAGAAGUACUACUGCAAACUUUAGAUUACCAUUCUGGUAACCGAACGAUUUCUCCAUGGAUGAUUGUUUUACUGUUCUCUUUUAAAGAAUGUGAAUUUCCUGUGCAUUUACGUACAUUUUUGAAAGUACUGUUUGUAAAUGUUCUUGCAUUUACAAAUGUAGUUUUUGUGUUGAAAUUUCACCAGCAUAAAGUAUAAUGUAAAUUUUUCCUGGUUUU